GAGACCGAAUCCACCCACCACCUGGAGGAGCCGCUGUCAAUUAUCGCCCCGGAGGCGGGACUGUGCUGGGGGCGGGGCCAGAGACGGAGGGACGCGAGAAGAGCAGGUCCUGCUCCUGAGAACAGCUUCUCCAAAAUUCUUCAUUCAGUACUUUGCCAAGGGUCUUAGUUUAAUGGGGGGGGGGGUAUAAGGGAUCGAUUCCAUAGUUUCUGCUAAAUCCAGGGCGGCUGCCUGGAGGAGGUGGUUCCAUCGGGGCUUCCAAGAGAAACUUUGCUCCUGGAGUGGGCAACCUUGCUUCUCUGAUGGUGGCCCCAGAGCUUUUCGUCUCUUGUCACAGAAGGCUGUGACUCCAGCGGUCCCUGCACAAAGAGCGGGUCUGAAGGUAGGCUGAGGUCUGUGUGCAGUCUCCUGGCUGUUUGUCCCUGUGGUUCCAGGCCAAGCCACACAUAGAGGAACAGUGUCUUCCCCGCGUUGCCAGAUGGAGUUGCUCUAGCCAGAAAUCAAGAAAUGGUGUCUGAGGGGUUCCUUUGGGUAGCUGUGGAGGAGGAGGAGUGGAGGACCAGGUCACCUCUGAAGGAAGUGGCACCUAAAGUGGGCAUUUUGGGCCACCAACCCUGCAGUCUGCCAGGCAGUGAGCCUUGGCUGGGCUGCUAAGGGCACGUUAUGGAGUCAAAGACCCGAGUUGAAAUCCUGACUCCACCACAUGAGAAGCUGUGCAGCCUCCACAAGUCACUUAACCCCUCGGUGCCUCAGUUGCUUCCCCUGAAACAUGAGACUGAAUUAUCCUUGCUCUGCCUGCACACGGGGCUGAUGGGAGAAUUACCCGUGUCACUCUUUGUAUCCACUCCCCAGUCCCUUCUGUGUGCUCGAUCCCACACUGGGCGCCGAGGGGACUCAGAAAGCAUGCAACACAUGACCCCUGCCACAAGGAGCUUGAAAUCCAGUUGGGGAAAAGGUGCCUGUGAUAGUCUGAACUCCCUCUCACCCCGAGAGAUGAUAGAUAAAAGACAAUUAGCUUUCUCUGCCGCUCUCGGCAGAAAUUGCUAAUCAAGCCUGCGUGAGUGGGCCAUGUGCAAGACAGUCGUAAGUGGUGAUGGCAGGUGAGUGGGCAGCUCUGAAUUCUAUCCUAGAAAGGGGCUGUGUGCUCAGCAGUGAGGAGGAGGACUUGCCGGGUCUUUGCCAAGCCUUGGGACCAGAGGACCGCCCUGAUGGCGCAUGGCAAUGAGUAAGCAGACCCAGCACCAGCGGACAAGGAUGGAGAGCCGCACCCGGGGGGGCCAAAAGUAAUGCCCACCCAGCCCUGCGUAGAAUGACUGCCCUAGGAGGGUGGUUCCCUGGGCCCUGGCAGGGCUGCUGACCCUCAGCCUGCAAAUUGCUAAGAGCACAAGGACUCGAGACUCUUCUUGUGGAGGGUCCCCUGCCCCGCCGCUCCACCAUGAGGCUCCUCGUGGCCCCCCUCUUGCUAGCUUGGGUGGCUGGUGCCACUGCCGCUGUGCCCGUGGUACCUUGGCGUGUGCCCUGCCCGCCUCAGUGUGCCUGCCAGAUCCGGCCCUGGUAUACACCCCGAUCGUCCUACCGCGAGGCCACCACCGUGGACUGCAAUGACCUAUUUCUGACAGCUGUACCCCCGGCGCUGCCCGCCGGCACGCAGACCCUGCUGCUACAGAGCAACAGCAUCGUCCGCGUGGACCAGGGUGAGCUCGGCUACCUGGCCAAUCUCACAGAGCUGGACCUGUCCCAGAACAGCUUUUCAGACACCCGAGACUGUGACUUCCGGGCCCUGCCCCAGCUGCUGAGUCUGCACCUGGAGGAGAACCAGCUGACCCGGCUGGAGGACCACAGUUUUGCAGGGCUGGCCAGCCUGCAGGAACUCUAUCUCAACCACAACCAGCUCUAUCGCAUCGCCCCCCGGGCCUUCGCCGGCCUCAGCAACCUGCUGCGGCUGCACCUCAACUCCAACCUGCUGAGGGCCGUUGACAGCCGCUGGUUCGAGAUGCUGCCCAACCUGGAGAUCCUCAUGAUUGGUGGCAACAGGGUGGAUGCCAUCUUGGACAUGAACUUCCGGCCCCUGGCCAACCUGCGCAGCCUGGUGCUCGCAGGCAUGAACCUGCGGGAGAUCUCCGACUAUGCCCUGGAGGGGCUGCAAAGCCUGGAGAGCCUCUCCUUCUACGACAACCGGCUGGCCCGAGUGCCCCGGCGGGCGCUGGAGCAGGUGCCCGGGCUCAAGUUCCUAGACCUGAACAAGAACCCGCUCCAGCGAGUGGGGCCCGGGGACUUUGCCAACAUGCUGCACCUCAAGGAGCUGGGGCUGAACAACAUGGAGGAGCUGGUUUCCAUUGAUAAGUUUGCCCUGGUCAACCUCCCUGAGCUGACCAAGCUGGACAUCACCAACAACCCCCGGCUGUCCUUCAUCCACCCCCGCGCCUUCCACCACCUGCCCCAGAUGGAGACCCUCAUGCUCAACAACAACGCUCUCAGUGCCUUGCACCAGCAGACAGUGGAGUCCCUGCCUAACCUGCAGGAGGUGGGUCUCCAUGGCAACCCCAUCCGCUGUGACUGCGUCAUCCGCUGGGCCAAUGCCACGGGCACCCGCGUCCGCUUCAUCGAGCCUCAGUCCACGCUGUGCGCCGAACCGCCAGACCUCCAGCGCCGCCCAGUGCGGGAGGUGCCCUUCCGGGAGAUGACGGACCACUGCCUGCCCCUCAUCUCCCCCCGCAGCUUCCCCUCCAGCCUCCAGGUGGCCAGUGGAGAGAGCCUGGUGCUGCACUGCCGGGCGCUGGCUGAACCGGAACCUGAGAUCUACUGGGUCACUCCAGCAGGGGUUCGACUGACGGCUGCCCGGGCAGGCAGGAAGUACCGGGUGUACCCCGAGGGGACCCUGGAGCUUCGGAGGGUGACAGUGGAAGAGGCAGGGCUGUACACUUGUGUGGCCCAGAACCUGGUAGGGGCUGACACUAAGACGGUUAGUGUGGUUGUUGGCCGGGCUCCCCUGCAGCCGGGCAGAGACAAGGGAUGGGGGCUGGAGCUCCGGGUGCAGGAGACCCACCCCUAUCAUAUCCUGCUGUCUUGGGUCUCCCCACCCAACACAGUCUCCACCAACCUCACCUGGUCCAGCGCCUCUGCCCUUCGGGGCCACGGGGCCACUGCUCUGGCCCGCCUGCCACGGGGUACCCACAGCUACAACAUCACCCGCCUCCUUCAGGCCACGGAGUACUGGGCCUGCCUGCAAGUGGCCUUUGCUGAUGCCCACACCCAGCUGGCAUGUGUAUGGGCCAGGACUAAAGAGGCCACUCCUUGUCACAGAGCCUUAGGGGACCGACCUGGGCUCAUAGCCGUCCUGGCUCUCGCCAUCCUCCUGCUGGCAGCUGGGCUGGCGGCCCACCUUGGCACUGGCCAGCCCAGGCAGGGAGUGUCUGGGAGACCUCUCCUUCCAGUCUGGGCUUUCUGGGGCUGGAGUGCCUCCUCAGUUCGGGUGGUGUCAGCCCCACUGGUCCUGCACUGGAAUCCAGGGAGGAAGCCACCCAGGUCCUCAGAGGAGGAGACACUGUCACCACCAUUGUCACAAAACUCCUGAAGCCCAGCUUGUUCUCAGCAGUAGAGAAGUAACUAGGAUGACUUUUACCAAAAGGGAAGCAUUCUGGGCCAGAUGCCCUGCCAGGAAAGUAACAUGGACCCACGUGCUUGAGGCCUGGCAGCUGGACCAAGACAGCUGGCUUUGUGGCUCCCGGGGGCGCUCUGCAGCCUCUAGAAAGGCACCCUUACCUCCUGGGGCUCCUCCGACGCCUUUCAGAGGAACAUCUCCAAGGAACAGGAAGGACUCUGGCUAGAGCCUCCCACCUCCCCAGUUGUCUGUGUGCUCAGAGGCUCCUGGGCCCCUGCCUGGAUGUCCCCUGCCCGUGUCCCCAGGCCCUUGGCCCACAGGAUGCACCCCUCUGCUUCUCUGUCUCUGUACAGUCUCAGUUGCUUGCUCUUUCCCCUCCUGGGCAAGGGCUGAAGGAGGCCACUCCUCUGCUCCUUGGGGGCUGCUCCCAAAGCGGAUCCCCAGCUGGAUCUCAAGGACGUUUGGGAGAGGGAUGCCCAGGAACGCUCUGAGGUUGACUUUCUAUAGGCCAUUUUGUACCUUCGUGGAGAAAUGUGUCACCUCCCCCCAACCCAAUUCACUCUUUUCUCCUAUUUUGUAAAAAAUAAAAAUAAAUAAGAUAACAAUAAUAAGGGGAGGGAAGGAAACGGAAGGAAAA